AUGGACAUGAGGGAUGGGAACACGCACCCAGCCACAGACACAACGACACGGCAGAUGGCCCCCUGGGGCACGGGCCGGGCCUCGGCUGCUGCCGCCCUCACCCAGCUGUGCGAGCUGCUCUCGCCGUGCUGGGGAGUGCCGCGGCUGCUGCAGAUACAGAAAAGGAUCUUCCCCAAUGGAGGCAUCGGCUACACCUACCAGCAGCCAACUGGGGCACCGCCCCCGCCCUUGCCGAGCGUUGAUUGGUCGCUGUGGGGGCGGGGCUUACCCUCACCCGCCUCGGGGUUGGACGAGAGCCCCGUCAGUCGGGGGCGGGGCUGGGGGGCGGGGUUGGCGGGCUGUUCGAACGGCGCUGCCGCUGCUGGUGGCGCUCGGGUCGGGGCUGCGGGCGCUGUGCCCCCGCUGUGCCCCCGGGCAGCCCAACACAACACGGCCCGGCCCGGCCUCCCUCCUCUCCAGAGUGCCCGGGGGGCAGGCAAGGCUCCCUUCCCGGCGGGACAGGCCGCGCUGCUGCCACCGGCUCCUCCGCCGCCGCUCCGCGACAGACAAUGGACGAGCAGGGUCCUGGGGAAACGUGGCCCCGCCACGCUACGGAGCAGUGCCCUUGCCUGGCUCAGCGCCCAGUGCCAACAGAACACCUUGCAGGAUCCUCAGCAGCGCAGACAACCUGGAUGCUCAAGAGCAGAGGAUCUAUCAACUGCAGACCAAGCAGAGGGAGAGGCAGGCAGACCUGGAGCAGAAAUGCAGCCAGAGCAUCAGCUCAGCCAGGACCUGGGGGCCAGCCACCAGCUACGGAAGGGAGCUUGGAGCAGAUGUUUAGCAGCUGUCCCCAGUCUCCAAGGCCUCUUGCUUUUUCUUGACUCCCACACAGUGCUGCCGUCACUGCUGGCUUGGAAGGAGGCCCCAGAGCUGCUGAUGUGGCUGUCCAGAGGCGCUAUCCCUCUUCCAGCAACUUAGUGAUUGUAAUUGCAAGAACCACCAAUGCCUUGUGUCCUGUGACCAGACCCAAGCAGCACUUUGCUUUCAUUUGCUCCUUCCAUUUUCCAGCAGAAUUUCUACUUCCUGCUGAUUUCCAUUUCUUGGUUCCUUAGAGAACACAUGACAGGUCCUCCAGAGCUUGUGUAUGCCCUUAACCCACAGAGCCAAAAAACGGAGAUGCAGUUGUCAGAAGCAGCAGUGGGAAUGUGCCGCGAUGGUGUAAAUACACAGCAGCACGAGCAGCGGGCCGGAGGCAGCCCCAGGGACCGCUGCACACCGGCGGGCUCCCUCCUGAGCCCGUCUGCGCCUGACCCUGGAGGGCAGUGUUCAAACACAACCAGGCGAGCCCUGGGUGGCCUGUUGUGGCCGACGCUGCCGGGGCAGCACUGGGGAAUGAGUGACCCGGUGUUUGACCAGCGGCAGUGUCAGGGGCUGGCUCCUGGGUGGCUGGGCUGGGUGGGUCUCCUCACGCACCAACACUCCCCACCACGAGGUCUCCUGGGAACAUGCGGUAGCUGGAGGAGUAGAGCAGAGGCAAAGCACUGAUGUUCACUCUGGGAUGUGUCAUGGCCUUUCAGCUUCCACUAGAAAGACAGCAGGGCAGAGCAGGUCCCGACCCAUUAUUGCUACUGUGGCUGUUUCCCCCUUCUGUUUUUACACAUCCAGUUUGUUCUCUCUCCCUUCCCUCUCCCUAGAGCUGCUGUGGUUUUUAAUAAGUAUUUUUCAAGUAGCUGGCUGAGACCCUCGCAAGGAUAAUGAGAUCAUUCGCACCGCAGAAUGCCGAGCCCUGCAAGUCCCGAUUGCUAUCGCUCCCGGUGGACUGCGCCCACAGUGCCUGUAUUUCUGUCGCUGUUCCUCAUCCCAAACACAGCAGCAUGCCCUGGGCAGUACCGGAUGGGAUCGGCCGGGGUACGGCUCCCUGCCAACACCAUGAAUUGUCACUGGAACCGCUCAGAAAUAACCUUUAAGGCUUAUUAAGAUUCUACCGACGGAGACGUUGAUCCCGCUUUCCCGUUCAUGAAUCCCAUCCUCAGCUCAAGACCUGCCAGCGCUCCGCCUGCCCCGGGCUGAGGCUGAGCUGCGGCGGGAGCAGCGGGCAGACCCGGCCCGGCACUGCCACCACCGGGCACCCCUGCUCCGGGCAGCCCCGGCCCGGCACUCCCUGCACCUGCUCCCCCGGCACGGGCACCCCCAUCCCCGGGACAGCCCCGCUCCGGGAAUCUCGGCUCGCCCACGCCGGCCGGGCACCCCCGGCCCAGCCCCGACCGGGACCGCGGCAGAACAAAGGUGCUGGGCGGUGCUUGGGGCGUGCCCGGGGGGUGCUUGGUGGUGCAAGGCGGGUGCCCAGACGGUGCUCGGGGAUGCUCGAGGGGCGCCCGCAGAGGUUGCUCGGGGGAUGGCCGGGGGGAGCACCGGGGGAUGCUCGGCGGGGGUCCGGGGGUGCUCGGGGCGGAGCCGCCCUCACGGGUAGCGCCGCGCGGGCCGAGAGCGACCCCUGCCGGGCGGGAACGAGGCGGAGCGGGGCUUGUCAGCGCGCAUGCGCGAGCUGCCGCCGCAGCCCCCCGGCACUGCGGACCCCCGGGGCACCCCGGGCCCCGCUCCGGCCAC